UUGUAGAGUUAUUGCAUGAGCCGAUUUGAUAAAAGAUUAUACGAUGACCACCUAAGACUUGUUGAACUUGAAUUUACGAAAACCACUUCUGUAAGCAGUAUAAAUACACACAGAUAUCAACAUCAAACAUCAGUUGUUCUUAUUCGCUCGUCAUUUGUACCUGAAGUAUCGCAGAUCACGAUGAACUCGUUGGUAGUGUUGUUAUCCGCAGUAGCGUUGGCCGCUGCCAAACCGGGACUUCUGGGUGCCGGAGUGGUAUCAUACGCUGCUCCAGCCGUCGCUACUUUACCCGUUGCCGUCUCACAGCAAUCUCGGAUUGACAUCAACUCUCCCCCAGUUGCCGUCAGGACUGUAGCUGCAGCUGCACCUCUGGCAAUAGGAGCAGCACCGCUAGCCACACCUCUCAUCAGGAGCUCAGCCAUCGCUACACCGAUCGUCGCACCCGGCAUCUUGGGAACCUCAGCCCUCGCAUCUCCCGCCCUGGUGGCCCCAGCUCUCGCUUCACCUGGAAUUGCUCUCGGCGCCCCUCUUCCAGCUACCGCACUGACCAGCGCACACCUGAUUCGUAAACGUUCCGCACCAUUGCUUACCACACCUGUUCUAUCUGCCGCUCCCGUCGUAUCUACCUACAGUGCCGCUCCAGUUAUUUCCUCAUUACCAGCUGCUUCCAUUGUCUCAACACCUAUUGGUCUCUCGUCGCCACUAGCACUCUCUUCCCCUCUUAUUACCAGAGCGUGGUAAAAACUGCUGUGAAAACGGGGAAAAUUCCCGAAUAGUAUUAUUGACUUCAAAAAUGCUAUUAAUAAAUUUUAAAUAAAAUUAAUAUAUUAUUUA